AUGCCUCUCGCAAAAUCUAGAAAUACCGUUGGGUUGGGGAAUAGUUUGAUGAAUGAUCGUUUCGGAAAGGGAAAGGGCGCUGAUCGCAAAAAAGUCUCCUACAAUGCCGCCGCUGUUCGACGAACUGGCCCCAGUGGUGAGGUUUAUAUCACCAACCCAUCUGAGGAGGCGUCGUGGGUUAAAAUGCGCAGUAUUACGGAGCAAGGUGCUCUGGAUGAGUUUCUGAGUACGGCAGAGCUUGCAGGGACAGAUUUUACAGCGGAGAAAUUGAACAACGUCAAAAUCAUACAUACGGAUCAGAAGAAUCCUUACCUGCUCUCUGCAGCUGAUGAAAGGGCUGCAGUCAAGAAGCAUCAACGGAAUCGUGGAAGAUUGACAGUUCCCCGUCGACCGCAAUGGGACCAAUCGACAACCCCGCAACAGCUGGAUAGAAUGGAGAGGGAAAGUUUACUUGAAUGGAGGAGAGAGCUUGCGGAGUUGCAGGAACACCAAGAUCUGUUGAUGACUCCAUUUGAGAGGAAUCUGGAAGUUUGGAGGCAGUUGUGGAGAGUAAUCGAACGGUCAGACUUGGUCGUGCAAAUCGUUGAUGCAAGAAAUCCACUACUCUUCAGAUCGGAAGACCUGGAAAAAUAUGUGAAGGAAGUUGAUCCUAGGAAACGGAACUUGUUACUUAUCAACAAGGCAGAUAUGAUGACGGAGAGACAGAGAGAAGCAUGGGCGGAUUACUUCGAAGAACAGGGUAUCAACUACAAGUUUUUCUCAGCUGCAAUGGCCAAGGAGAGCCUCGAGGCGAUGGAAUUGGCUAAGAAAGGCAUAGGUGAGGAUGUUUCGGAAGAGGAUGAGCUAGCUGAUAAUGCAAAGAGGUUAAAUAUUGAUGGUGAAGAAGAGGAUUCCAGCGAGGAAGAAUCGGAGACUGAUGAGGGUGUACUCCUUCCCAAUUCUAAGAGAUCCCGCACACAGAUCCUUACGAUUGACGAACUCGAGGAGCUUUUCCUUGCAGCUGCGCCGCAUAUACAACCAAAGGAAGGGGAUCAAGGGAAAUCCAGGCCAACCACUAUUGGCCUUGUCGGAUAUCCUAAUGUUGGUAAAUCUAGCACUAUAAACGCGCUUCUUGGCGCAAAGAAAGUGUCAGUUUCCGCCACGCCAGGGAAAACCAAACACUUCCAAACACUCUAUCUCUCACCGAACCUUCUCUUGUGCGAUUGCCCUGGUCUCGUCUUCCCUAACUUUGCAACAACGAAAGCGGAGCUUGUCAUCAAUGGCGUUCUACCAAUCGACCAGCUGCGUGAAUUCCUGGGUCCAGCCGGCAUUGUGGCCCAGCGUAUUCCAAAACCUUUUUUGGAAGCUGUAUAUGGGUUGAAAAUCAAUAUGCGACCUCUCGAAGAGGGAGGAACCGGAAUUCCCACCGCUUCUGAGGUUCUUCGUGCGUAUGCGCGCGCCCGAGGUUUUGCCACCACUGGUCUCGGCCAGCCUGAUGAAUCCCGCGCUGCAAGAUACAUAUUAAAAGACUAUGUUAGCGGGAAGCUCCUGUUCUGCCACCCUCCACCUACCUCUGAAUCCGCCAUUGAAGCUGGAAAGCACCCCAUUGACCCAGCAGAGUUCAAUCGAGAAUUAUAUGAUAUUUCCCAUCUACCGCCAAAAAGACGAGAGGCUUUCCUUAGUCAAGGGACAGUAUUGCCCCUCUCCGGUCCUGAUGAAUCGCCUGGUCACCAUGACAACGAUGCCGAUAUAAAUGGUGAGAUUUUGCCGAUCUCAUCCUCUACAGUUUCUCAUCCUCAGGGUGCCCGCGCGCGGAACCUCGACAACGGAUUUUUCUCAGCCGUCGGCUCGGGAGGCGCAGAGCACGUUAAGAUGCCCUUCAGUUAUCAAUACACUGAACAAGGUGCUCUUCAGAACCAAAGAAUGAUGGCAGCAUUGGCAAAUGGGAUUGGUGAUCCACAAGUUCAGAGGGUUGGAAAGAAGCAUUUCAAGGACCUAAAACGGUGGUGGCAAUGA